AUGUGUUACAAUUAUUUUGACUACUCCCAGCGACGAUUACUUAUCGUGAUUGCUUAUUUUUUAAGUAUUUGUCAAAGUUUACUGUCUCAGUGUCCACCACUGCAACCACCUUGCCGUUGUGCUCCAUCGAUCCAUGAACCUAUUUCAAUAAUUUGCGAAAAUGCUUCAACGUUAUCCGCUAUACUGGCUGCGAUAUCGCAAGCGCAGACUGUUACGAUUGACUCACUGCAUAUUAUUGAUACUGUAAUUCCAGUUCUUCCCGCUAAUAUAUUUCAAAAUUUCACAAUUUUCCGAUUAGUUGUGAAUCGAUGCAAUUUAAAUCAGAUAAAUGAAAAUGCAUUUGCUGGGUUAAGUCUGCACAGACUGACGGAUUUAGACCUUUCUGAUAAUCAACUGAAUUCAAUACCUGUAACUGGCAUUCCACAUCUCACCAAUCUCAGAAAAUUGUAUCUCAAUCGAAAUCGCAUUAUUCGUCUACAAGCUAAUUCGUUUAUGAAUUACGAAUCCCGAGAUAAACUGCUAAAAUUAGAAUUAGCUGGUAAUCGACUUACGGAUGAAACUUUUGGUGAAUCUUCAAUUUUUGGGCCGUUGAGUUCUUUGCAGCAACUAAGCUUGGAAACUAAUUCAUUAAGUACUAUUCCAUUUGCUUCAUUAGUUGCACAACGUCAAACACUAAUUAAUCUAAACUUGGGUUUAAAUCUCAUCAAUGAAGUUCCUGUUGGUGCUCUAGAUUUCCCAAAUCUCAACUCACUUUCUCUCGAAUUUAAUGGAAUAUCCCAAAUUAUUCCACAAGCUUUUCAAGGAAUUCCAAAUCUACAGUAUUUGUACCUUACGGGUAACAAAUUUCCAUCUUGGCAGCCUGAAAUGUUCACAUUUGUGCCACAAUUGCUUACUUUGGGCAUUGGUGAAACUCCGAUUGCCAUAAUACCAUCGAAUGCUCUCCAGCAUAUACCCAAAUUAAUACGAUUAGAAAUGUCGGAAGCAGCUGUUGAUAUAAUCGAGCAAGGCGCGUUUCAAAAAGCACCAAAUAUUCAAGCAAUUGUUCUAAACAAAAAUCGCCUCUCAGUCAUACAUUCUGACUAUUUCAAAGGAUUAAAUGAGCUCUAUUCAGUCAAUCUAGGAGGCAAUCGUAUUGAAACUUGUGAACCACUGGCUUUUGCUAAUCUUCCAAACAUGAACCAUCUUGAUAUUAGUUUCAAUCAAAUCCAAACGCUACCAGAAAAUAUCUUCAUUAAUUCAUUUCAACUGCAACCGAACGAGAGACGCGUCAUGUAUGUAUGCGGUAAUCCAUGGCUAUGCGACUCUACUCUAGAAUGGUUCAGAACAUACCUUCGACAAGAAGUAGACAUAGAUAUUGACAAACCCGGAUGUGUUGCUGCUUGCGUUGGUAAUGUCAAUGGUUGCCCUCCAGUAGGCACUUUAUUGCGAGCCCCUGAUUAUUGCGAGAGUAAUGAUAUGCCUCUACCUUUAACUGGCAGUGCUUUGUCAUUAGUCGGUUGGAUCAUUUUAGCCAUAAUAAUGACAAUUUUGCUCACGAGUAUAUGCUUAAUGGCAUUAGUCCGAUAUGGAAUAUCACAUCGAAGAAAAAAACUCAAGGAUAGAGAAGCGUUUGAAGAUGAACAAAGAAUUAUGUCCAUGUCAGGAAGUAUAGCACCUUCAGUAGUCACUCGAUCUUACAUGCCCCCGCCAACAGUGGAUCUUGACUUACCUCCAGCGCACAGCUUAGAUGAUGCAUCCACAAAUUACUUGUACUGA